AUGAGUGAAGAGAGCAAGAUCCCAGGUCACUAUUUUGUGUUGUCCCUUCUGAAGAAUAUCUUCUCAAGAACAUUACGGGCUUCCAACAACGUACCACGUCAUGUCGGUUUUAUUAUGGAUGGUAAUAGAAGAUGGGCUCGUAAGAAUGAUAUCGAGGUGAAGGAUGGUCAUGAGGCAGGGUUCCAUAGUAUGAGUCGUAUCUUGGAACUAUGUUAUGAAGCCGGUGUUGAUACCGCUACUGUAUUUGCUUUCUCUAUUGAAAAUUUUAAGAGAUCUAAGUAUGAAGUUGACUCUUUGAUGGAUUUAGCACAGAGGAGGAUUAAACAAAUUACUGAAAAUGGUGAGUUGACAGAUAAGUACGGGAUACGAGUUCGUGUGAUUGGAGACAUAUCCUUGCUGGACAAAGACGUACUAUUAGAUAUUCAACAUGCUACUGAAAGGACGAAAAACAAUACUAGAGCUACGUUAAAUAUUUGUUUCCCAUAUACAGGUCGUGAAGAAGUCGUCCAUUCAAUGAAGGAUGUCAUUACAGAAAAUUAUUCACCUAGUGAGAUCAAUGAAGACUUGAUUGAUUCACAUUUAUAUACUGGCGGAUUGCCACCACUAGAUCUAUUGAUAAGGACCAGUGGUGUGUCUCGUCUAAGUGAUUUUAUGAUAUGGCAGGGAUCUAAAAAAGGUGUGAGGAUUGAGUUAUUAGAUUGCUUAUGGCCAGAGUUUGGACCAUUAAGAAUGGGUUGGAUUCUACUUAAAUUUGCAUUUCGUAAAUCAUACUCUAAUAGUAAAGAAGUUAUAGAUGAGGAUUAUGAGGAGGAGGAGGAAGAAGAAGAGAGUGUUGAUAAAAAGAAAUAUAUAUAG